AUUUUCAAGCGAGCACGAAAGCGUUAAAAGCAUGAAUUAAAGCGCGCUGAUUAAAAUUGGAUAAUUUAAUUAUUAAAUUUAAGAACAAAACUAAACUACACAAAUCACGAUUACGAUAAAAUCGACAACUGGUAUAUUUUGUGAAAUAUUUGAACAAUUAAAAUAAGUGCAGGUGAUGUCGUUCAGGUUUGAUUUAAGCUUUUUAAAUAUUUUGAAUUUUUUUGUUAAAAACUUUGCGUGGGAGUAUAAUUUUUUAGUAAGCAAAAUCGUGAGAAGUAUUUUUUAGUGCUUUUUAAUUUCUGAUUUAAAUUUCAUUCAGAGUUCUUUUCUUUUGAAACUUUUUCCUUGCAAGAAGACUAGUCGACUUAAUGACUUAAAAUUAGUAAAAUUUUAUUCAAUGAUUUAAUCUACAAACAAAUUUAUUGCGGUAUCAAUAAUGUGCGAAUUUUAUAACCGAAUCUGUGAUCAUACAAAAAGUGACAGCCAACGUUAACACUUCGAAGUUCAGAAUUUUAAAAAUUAGAAAGUGACUUAGAAAAAGUUUAAGUUAUUUAUGACUGUUGAGGGAAGAUAAUUUUAAUAAUUCAAAAACAAUAAAUCAAAAUAUUGCCCAGAACUACUAUCAAAGUUCAAGAUACGUGAAAAAGUGUAGUUUUGAAUUCAAUUCAAAAAGUUCUUGAAAGUUUAUGUGUGUAAAAACUUCCUAAACUCUUCCUUUCAGAACUUUAAGAAAUUGUCAAGGAAUAACAAAGUUAAUUUUUAGAAAAAAUAAGCGUUGGAUAAAUGUUUCUUUAAAAUAACUCAAGAUUUAUAAUUACAACUUAAAAUAUAAGUUUUCACUGUGGUGUAGUAUCCUUAAGCAAAUUAUUUCCGUAACCCUUACAAAUUCGGUGUUUCAAAAAGUUUGCUUCUAGCGUUCUGUGAUUCUUCUUUAUAAAAUGGAGCUUAUUCUAACAGCAUUCUUUAUCAUACUAAGUAUUGUUGUUAUAGUAUACGUUUAUUUAACAUGGAAUUUCAACUACUGGAAGAAGAGAGGAGUAAAAGGUCCUGAGCCAUCAGUAAUUUUCGGAACGCUGCCAAGUGUUAUCAAACAAAAUCGUCAUUUUGUUUUUGAUAUGGUCGACUUAUAUGAAAAAUACAAAAAAUGUGGCGAAAGUUUUAUUGGAAUUUUCAUGACUCGAAAUCCGAUGAUUCUGGUAUUGGAUACCAAGCUUGUUCGAGAAAUUUUAAUCUAUAAUUUCAAAUGUUUUCGUGAUAAUGAAGGCGCAUUAUGGGUCAAUAGGAAAAAUGAAGAAAUUGCUGGACGAAAUCCAUUUCUAGCUUUCUUUGACAUAGAUUGGAAGGAAAGACGAAAUGAUUUCAUGGGCGGAAUCAGUCCUAGUAGGCUUAAACAUGCCUUUCCAAUUGUUAUCGAAACUGGAAACAAAAUGACGGAAUUCAUCAAAGCUCAGAUUGCCAAAUCGAACCAUAUACUCGAUGUGAAAUCACUUUCCUACAAAUAUACCGUCGAAAUCUAUGCGAAUUUUGUCUGGGGCAUUGAUACGGAUGCUUUCAAGUCUGACGACGACGAACAAAAUGUUGUCUUGAAUAUGUCGUUGUUAUUCAUGGAUUUGUCAUUUCUCAAAAUCGGGCUUGUCAAUAUUUCCAGCUUAAUGCCAGGCUUGAAGAAAAUCCUAAAAAAUAGAUUCUAUGCUGAAGAAACUGAUGAUUUCUUCACGAAACUGCAGGACGAAGCUGUGGAUAUGCGACUUCGGAACAAGGACAAUCGAUCGGAUUUCUUGAAUUACAUGCUAGAGUUGAAGAGGAAGAAGAAUAUAAGUCACGUUGAUAUGGUUGGACAUAGUUUGACGGUGUUAUUAGAUGCCUUCGAUACAGCUGCUAUCGUGAUAUAUCAUACUCUGUAUUUUUUAGCCAUCAAUCAAAAAGCUCAAAAGAAGCUACGAGAAGAGAUCCUUGGCAGUUUGGACAAUGAAGGUGGAAUCAGCUAUAAGGCUUUAAUAAAUCUUGAAUACCUGGAUCAAUGUAUAAAUGAGGCAAUACGUCUGGUCAGUCCGAUUCCAGAUUUUUCCAAAAUUUGCACUGAAACAACAUAUUUUGAGAAUUGUGAAAAUAAACGUACAAAAAUUGAGCGUGGAAUGUUUGUUCAUAUAUCAGCUUUUGCCAUACAUCAUGAUUCAGAUAUUUAUAGCGAUCCCGAGGAGUAUAUCCCGGAACGUUUUGACAAUGGAAUGGCAAAGAUAUUGACUCAGAGAGGGUGCUUUUUGCCAUUUGGUGAUGGACCACGAAUAUGUGCAGGAAUGAGACUUGGAAUUUUGGAGUGUAAAGCUGGUGUUUUUGAGAUUUUGAAAAAUUUUCAAGUUAAUUGCUGUAAAGAAACACCCCGUGGAAAAUACAUAAAUACAGAAUCGCUCAGUAUUGGAGUGGAUGGUGAUAUAUUUUUAGAGUUUAAGGCUUGUUAGCGAUUUGUAAAGUAAUAUCUUUUUUAAGUAAUACAAAAUUAAAAAAUAAAUGGAGUUCGUUGUAAAUCCCUCUCAAAUAUUUAAAUAA